AUGGAGUGGGCAGGUGAAGUUACAAAUAGGGAAGUUAAAAGGAUUUUAGAAAAAGUAGUGAAUCCUUCAUGGAAGGAUUGGUCCCUUAAAUUAGAUGACUCUUUGUGGGCCUAUAGGACAGCUUAUAGAACACCUUUAGGCUGCUCUCCUUACAAGCUGAUUUUUGGCAAAAAUUGCCACCUACCCCUAGAGCUUGAGUAUAAGGCAUAUUGGGCUACCACACAACUAAAUGUUAAUGCCAUUGCUUCAGGAGAAAAGAGGCUUCUCCAACUUAAUGAAAUGGAUGAAUUUAGAUUAAAUGCUUAUGAAAAUGCCAAGUUGUAUAAAGAACAAAUGAAUAGAUGGCAUGAUAAGAAAAUUUUGGAUAGGAAGUUUGCAGUGGGAGAACAAGUCCUGCUUUUUAAUUCAAGAUUAAAAUUCUUCCCUGGGAAAUUGAAAUCUAGAUGGUCUGGUCCAUUUAAGAUCACUAAGGUACAUCUUCAUGGAGCUGUAGACAUCUUGAGUGAGAAAGAUGGUAGGAAAUUCAAUGUUAAUGGGCAAAGAUUAAAACAUUAUUUUGGAGAGUCCAUAGAGAGAGCUGUUAUUUCAAUAUCUCUUUGUGACCAGUCUACUUUGUAA